AUCAAAAAAAGUUGGUUAAGUUUACACUCGAUGCACGCGCAAAUGUCAUCUGUCAAAGCUGUCUCAUGUAGCACCACACAGUUACUUUCGGUGAUGAAGCAUCAUUCACUUCCACUAACCAUAAGCUUUGGACUAAAUGAAGAAUGGUUUAUACAUAUAAAUAUGGCAGUACCGCAACAAGAAGAUGGACCACUGGCUGAUUUAGAAAGCAGAUUCAAAAGUACCCUUUCCUAAUCACUAUGCACUCCAGACUCCAGAGUCAAGCACUAGUGCACCUCCAUUUCUUACCAAACUGGACAAAGAUUUCUUAAACAAAGGGAAAAUGUGCACUCCAAUCACGUUUCCCUUUCAUUCUUCGGAAUAAAGAUUUCGAUUUUGAUGUGCUAAAUCUUCAUUUUUCGAUUUAGGGCUCAUCAAUUCUCCGAAAUAGUGAUUUUAUUGCUAUGAUAUGCUCUACUAUUUUUGAGUCUCCAAACGGAGAACGGGUAAGAGAUGAGAUGGAGAUGCUGUAAGUGUGAGUUCACACUCUUUCCUAACCCAAGCAAGAUGCACAACAGUUUAGACUUCAAUUUUCUUACUUUUAUGGGAUUUGAAGAAAAAUCCCACAUUAGCUCGUAAAUAAACAUUUCUAGCAUUUUACAUAUAUGAAAGCAUCCGACUCAAAACCAAUUUGAAAGGCCACUUAGGCUCCUAUACUAGUUUUGGAGGUUAUGAUUAACCAAUGUGAGAAAAACUCAAACACUCCCUCGUACGUCCGAUUCCUGACCCGCACGUGGAGAAGUUAACGACAAAACAAGGUGUACUAAAGGCACAAACAACAGGGCAAUCAAUCAAGAGAGUCUUGUCUAAAAUCCUACAAAAAUCAAGCUCUAAUACCAUGUUAAAACAUCCAACUCAAAACCAAUUAGCAAUGAGUGGAGAGGCCACCCAGACUCAUAUACUACUAGUUUUGGUGGUUAACCAAUGUGGGAAAAACUCUAACAUCAUAUGAGAGAUUGAAGUUGCAUAUUCCGUAUCCUAAUUUCACUUCAUUCCAAGUAAUAAAUCUUGAAUAACCCACAACAUAUUAACCAGACAUAGUUGUAUGAAACAUAAUACAAAUAAGCCUCGAGGCAUAGUUCUCCUACCCAUACCCAACUUUCAGCCCCAUAACCCAAAAUAGUCCAUGUUUAAGUUUAGGGACAUCUAACUUUUGGACACACACUCUCAGAUAAUCGUAUCAGAGUCCACAUGAUGUCACCUCUAUAAAAUCACACGACAUUUAGAUUAUAAACCACAGUGAUGAUUCUUAAUUUACUAAAAUUUGUUCGUAUACCAUUACCAAAAUCUAAUCUCAAAAAUACCACUCAGUUUCACAUCGAAAGUUUGAAAGCAAUUGCGUAUGCAAAUCGGGUCAUUACAUCCACUAAUUUCAUUCAACAUUCAUGUAGCGGAAAUUCUUUCUAAGAACUUUUCAAAAGCGUGACGAUGAUGGAAAAUACCAAUCUUUUUCACUAAUUAAGAAAGACCUUGUCCAAAAAAGAAGUCUUACUACAUCUGAUCCUCAUUUCUCCUCUUUUUUUACAGUCAGUGAUAAGAAAAGGGACCCAAACAUUUUAAAUUCCAAAGUCUAUAAGCAAACAUGGUGACACUAAAUGUCACUAUAAAAUCGAACUUGGUCAUCAUGAAAGACUUACCAUAAGGGAAAGAAACAAAACAUGGGGCUUUUACAAAAACUACUCUGCCCUGUUUCCAUUGUCCUUUCCGUUGUACUUUUUUCCUCACUGGAUACUGCCUCUGCUUCUGUUGAAGAGGCUAAUGCUCUCCUCAAAUGGAAAGAAACCCUUCAGAGUGCCAAUAGUUCAGUGCUAGCAACAUGGACUCUUGGUGCAAAAAAUGGCUCCAGUUCAAGUGGUAGUAGCCCAUGUAACUGGUUUGGGGUUUCUUGCAUUAAUGCUGAAGGAAGAGUCACCCGGCUGAACCUCACGAAUUCAAGCAUGAAGGGUACUCUUGAGACCUUUCCAUUCUCAUUGUUCCAGAAGCUUGCUUAUGUUGAUCUAAGUAUGAAUGAACUCUCUGGUCCCAUCCCACCUCAAAUCAGCUCACUCCCGAUUGUAUACCUUGAUUUGUCAGUUAAUGAGUUUUCUGGAAAUAUUCCACCUGAAAUCGGUCACUUAACAAAUCUUGAAACACUCCAUUUGGCAGACAAUCAAUUGACCGGCUCAAUUCCUCCAGAGAUAGGCCAGUUGAAGUCUCUUUCUGAGCUUUCUUUGUCCACCAAUUAUCUUAGUGGUCCUAUUCCUCCUCCUUUGCGCAAUUUGAGCAACUUGGUUUCUCUAUUCCUAUUUCAUAAUCAACUUUCCGGUUCCAUUCCUGCAGAAAUAGGAAAUCUCACAAAUCUUGAGUUGGUUCAAAUGGAUAGCAAUAGACUAACUGGUCCCAUUCCUUCCUCUUUUGGAAACUUGAAUCGGCUGACUUCGUUGAGCCUAUUCAACAACACACUUUCUGGUUCCAUUCCAAAUGAACUAGGAAACUUGAAGUCUCUUGUGAACUUGGAAUUGAAUGAUAACCAACUUAACGGUUCCAUUCCAGCUUCAAUAGGAGACUUGUCCGAAUUAUCGUACUUAUUCUUGCGCGUAAAUAACCUUUCUGGUCCUAUUCCACAAGAAUUUCGCAAUUUGAAAAACUUGAUCGUGUUGGAAAUGGACGGAAAUCAAUUUUGCGGGAAUCUCCCAGAUAUUUGCCAAGGUAGGAAGCUUCAGAAUUUCACAGUCGACGCCAAUCAGCUAACGGGCCAUAUUCCUAGAAGCUUGAGAGAUUGCUCUAGCCUAGUCAGAGUCCGCCUUGAAGGAAACCAACUGACUGGAAACAUAUCAGAAGAUUUUGGGGUCUACCCACAUCUCGACUACUUGGAUCUAAGUCGCAACGAAUUCUAUGGCAAAAUCUCUGGAAACUGGAGGAAGUGCCCGAAAUUGCAAUCCCUGCGAAUGGCAGGGAACAAUAUCACAGGCAGCAUACCACCAGAGUUGGGAGAUUCAGCUCAACUACACAGGCUUGAUCUUUCGUCGAAUCAUUUGACCGGAGAGAUUCCAAAGGAAUUAGGGAAGGUGAGUUCUCUAUGGGAACUGUAUCUCAAUGACAACCAGCUUUCCGGUGGUAUACCAAGAGAAAUCGGAUCACUAGCUGAACUAGAAAAGCUUGACCUGUCCAUAAACAGGUUAAGUGGGUCAAUAGCAGCGGGAAAUCUAGAUAAUUGCAUCAAACUGAAUUACUUGAACUUGAGCAACAACAAUUUUAGCCAAGAAGUCCCACGUCAAUUGGGAAAGAUAUCUCCCCUAUCUCACGUGGAUCUCAGUCGAAAUUCACUUAUGGGGGAGAUACCGUCGGAGAUGGCAAGUUUGAUGAGUUUGGAGUGGCUAGACCUCUCCCACAAUCAUUUAUCUGGUUUAAUUCCCAGAGUUUUCCAAGACAUGAAUUGGUUGGUGCACAUUGACGUAUCCUUCAAUGAGUUGGAGGGUCCCAUUCCCAUGAGCGAAGCCUUCAUGAAUGCUUCUAUAGACGGCCUCCAAGGGAACAAAGGCUUGUGUGGAAAUGUCACAGGAUUGCAGCCAUGUAUAUGUGGAAAUGUCGCAGGAUUGCAGCCAUGCAAAUACCAAAAGGACCACCGGACUCUUGUUCUUGUAAUUGUGCUCCCUCUUGGUGGAGCGCUUUUACUUGUAAGUGCAUUCGCCAGAUUUCUAAUCAUCUCCAACCGAAGAAAAAGAAAGUCACACAUAGAAGAUGGCGCCAAAUAUAAAGAUCUCUUCUCUAUAUCAAUCUACGAUGGAAGAGCAGUGUACAAUGAUAUCCUAGAAGCCACAAACGAUUUUGAUGCCACAUAUUGCAUUGGAAAAGGAGGAUAUGGAGCUGUAUACAAAGCAACACUUCCAUCAGCCAAUAACCAAGCAACACUUCCAUCAGCCAAUACAGUGGCUGUGAAGAAACUUCAUAACUUGUCUGAGAAGGACGAUCGUCGAGGUUUCUUGAACGAGGUAAGGGCACUAACUGAAAUCAAGCAUCGCAACAUAGUAAAGUUUUUUGGGUUCUGUUCGCAUGCCCGUAACUCAUUUCUGGUUUAUGAGUACCUCGAAAGGGGAAGCUUGGCUUCGAUUUUCAACAGAGACGAAGAAGCAAAACAAUUGGAUUGGCCAAAAAGGUUGAAUAUUAUCAAGGGUGUCGCACAUGCUUUGUCAUACAUGCACCAUGAUUGCAAACCACCAAUCGUUCACCGCGACAUAUCAAGCAACAACAUUUUGAUUGAUGACGAGUAUGAGGCCCGAGUUUCAGACUUUGGCAUGGCUAAACUUCUAAAGUUGGAUUCCUCAAAUUGGAGUGCACUUGCAGGAACCUGCGGAUAUGUUGCACCAGAGCUUGCUUACACAAUGAAGGUAACUGAAAAGUGUGACGUGUAUAGCUUUGGAGUGUUAGCACUAGAAGUGAUCAAGGGGAAGCAUCCGGGAGAUUUGAUUUCCUCCCUAUCAACACUGGCCAUUGAAAAUGUACAGCUGAGAGAUGUAUUGGACCAACGCCUUUUACCUCCGUCUCCUGAAGUUGAGGAGGUAGUGAUGUGCAUUAUAAAGUUGGCAAAAGCAUGCUUGGAUACCAAUCCACAAUCUAGACCCGCCAUGCACAUCAUUUCCCAACUGUUGUCCACCCAAAAACUCCCUUAGAGCCGCAAAGAUUCAUCAGAGACGAGAAAAAGCCACUUUUCCACUGAGUAUAUAUGAAAUACGAUACCAAAUAAACCUAAUGCUCUAUUUAACAUAGUGCAUUGAACUAGUGAUCCUUCAAAAUUUCUUCUACUUUUUACUUUGCUUUGUAUUAUCAGCCGAUACUAUUGGAUUGUACUUCUAGUAUUGUAAGUCUUGAAAUAGCAAUGUUGCAUGUAUUCAACAAACCUUUGAACGGUUUCACUCUUACUUAUGACAAAGGAGACAGGAAGACAAUUUGAUGUGGAGUUA